AUGCACUGCUUGUACUCGCUGCACUGCUUGUACUCGCUGCACUGCUUGUACUCGCUGCACUACUUACACUACUUGUACUCGCUGCACUACUUGUACUCGCUGCACUACUUGUACUCGCUGCACUGCUUGUACUCGCUGCACUGCUUGUACUCGCUGCACUGCUUGUACUCGCUGCACUGCUUGUACUCGCUGCACUACUUGUUCAUGUGGCCAUGGUGGAGCUUUCACUCGCGACUCCUGUGGUAUCAGAUGGAGUCCUUGUCCCCAGCAGCCAAGUGUCUCUCUCCCAGCUCCUUCGCCACCUCGAAGACGCGCAUGUGGCCAAGGAAGUCACCGAACGUCGCAUGUGAGCAUCUGACGAAGAAGCAGGCCUUCAGCUCCCGCAUGCUCAUGGACGAGCAGGACUUUCGGGAAAUGAUGAAGAGACUUCAACAAGCACUUGCAAGCAUGUCCAACAAGUCCAAAAUCCUGCAAGACCUAAAUCACACUGACCAGCCCUUGAGUGCCAAACAGAUCAGCUCUUCGACCUGGGCUUGCAGUUUUCGUCAGGAGAGGAUGAAGAGGUUGAUGGAGGUCUUGCCCUCCGACGCUUGUGGUCCAUGCGAGGAGCAACUGGUGAAGCUCAAGAAGAGGAUCGCCAAGCUGAAGAGCCUCCCUGCCUUCUCCCACCGAGAGCAGCUUGACCACAUCUGGAAGAGAGUGCACGACCUCGCGGAGGAGAGGUCUUUUCUGUCAGAGACUCUAUAUCAAAGCCGCGAAGAGGAGCGUUAUCACGUGCGAGCCAAGAAGUGGGAUCAAGCUCAGAUGAACAAGCACGCGCAAGACUUGGAGAUGCUACCCAGGAUCGAACAAGUCAGCGAGAAGCUCGCAGAGGUAUGGGCCUCCAUCAGACCAGCCGAGCUGCAGGAGAGCGAGGAGAGAGCUGGGUAUCGCGAGUGCAUAGAAGAGUUUGUGGAGAGAAGAGACUACGUGUCUGCCAACGAGAUGUCGAGAAGGCUGGAGGACAUGCAGGCAAUGAGAGACAGACAGCAGGCCAACACCUUGAUGGCUCGCUUGUUCCAGAGAGCUGGGGAGAGAGGAGGAGUCAUCCGGGCCAUGACGGAGGUUGUCAAAAGAAGCGACCCUCGCUCUCUCCCAGACGAGCCUCUCUUCGACGAAGACUUGCUGGUGUUCCUGCUAGACAAGCAGUUGGAGGUUCUGCGGGAGAGGUCGAGAACGUGGAGGCUCGACUAUGAAGCAGACCCCGCACAGGUUGACGAGCUGAUCGCAAGAGUCGAGAACUAUCAAGCGCUCCUCUCUUGGAGGUUGUCAGCGCUGGAGCGACUGCAGGAAGCAGAGGAAGCUGUGGAAAGCAUGCGAGCUGUCGUCGAGGAGCUUCUCGUCCCCUCGCACGGAAAGCUCUCGAGGGUGACGGCCGCGAGGAUUGUGAGGCUUGUGUCUCCUACUCAUCUUGAGCAUCUCUCCUUUGACCUCUCGCGCCUUCGCCGCCUCCUUCUGCAUCGCGACAGCCUCUUGGCCCUCGCGGAUGACCUGGAGGACGCGAGCAGAGGCGGUCAGAAGCCAAGGCAUGCGCCCGACAGGUCAAGUCCUGGUAGCGGAUCGCGGGAAUCAUCGGGUGCAAAUCUUGUCCGACAACGGCAGGCCUUCGCGAGUCGAGGCUCAGGAGAUGGAGAGCUGGAGAGCCCAAGCGGGGUAGCUGUGAGUGAAGACGGAAGAGUGCUGGUGGCUGAUCGAGGGAACAAUCGUAUCUCCGUGUUCAACAUGGAGGGGCGUUGGCUCUAUCACAUAGGGAACGGGACGGGAGUAGAAGCAGGGGAGAUGCAGGGGCCUUGCGGGGUGAGGAGACGAUGGCUGCGGGCAAAUAGUGAGAGGCUGCAGGUGGCGACAAGCAGGAGGAACGAAGUCCUGGUGGCGGACUGCGGGAACCAUCGCGUCCAAGUGUUCACGCUAGACGGAAACUUGAAGCGAAUCAUGGGGGAAGGGCUGAGAUAUCCCAUCUGUGUGGCGGCGAGGAAGAGCGGGGAAGUGCUGGUCACAGAGAGAGGAGGAAGCAGCGUCAAGGUCUUGUCGCCCGACGGGAGGCUCGUUGCUUCGCUUCCCCUCGCCGCAAGUCGACAAACUCGCAACGAGUUUCACGUCUGUGCCAUGGGCGAGAGGAUAGCAGUGUCUGACGCAGCAAGUCACGUCGUGCGUGUGUUGGAUGCCGGGAGCGGAGAGGUGCUUUCGCAGCUGCUGCUGCAGCACCAUGACACCUCCCUCAUCUCUCCUAAUGCUCUCGCCGCCUAUGACGAUAGUCUGAUCGCCCUCGCCGACCAUGCGAGGCACAGCAUCGUGUUUGUACAGGAAGAGAAGUAG